GAAAGCAAGAGAAAGCACCGGAGAGAGCUCUCUCUCUAUCUCUCUGACUUUUGUUGGCUUCUUUUACCAGAAGGCUGCAGAUGAUGGCAGGGAUGAAAAUCCAGCUCGUAUGCAUGAUGCUCUUGGCUUUCAGCUCCUGGAGUCUGUGCUCAGACUCAGAAGAGGAACUGAAAGCAUUAGAAGGUGAUAUAUUGACCAAUAUGCGUACAACAAAGAUCAGUAAAGCAAAUGUUCCCUCUUGGAAAAUGACCCUGCUAAAUGUGUGUAGUCUUAUAAAUAACCUGAAUGGCCAAACUGAGGAAACAGGAGAGGCUCCUGAAGAAGAAAUUGUUAUAAGAAGGAAACUCCCUAUGGUUGUAGAUGGCUUCAGUUUGGAAGCAAUGCUGACCAUAUACCAGCUCCAAAAAAUCUGUCACAGCAGGGCCUUUCAACAUUGGGAGAUGAUUCAAGAAGAUAUUCUUGAUAACGGAAAUGACAAAAAUGAGAAGGAGGAAGUGAUAAAGAGAAAAAUCCCUUACAUUCUGAAAAGGCAGCUGUAUGAGAAUAAGCCCAGAAGACCCUACAUACUCAAAAGGGGUUCUUACUACUACUGA